UUUUAUCACCAACAAACUUUAGCUAAUUAUUUUAAUUCAAUUGCAAAUUUUUAAAGAUAAUUUUCUUAUUGCCACUGUUAAGCCUAUAAUAUUAAUUUUUAUUCAAGAUGCCAGUCGAACUAGUUUUAAGUCCUGUUAUGAGACCACUUGUCUGCGCUAAAGCUGUGUUGUUUCAUCCUCACAGAAAGUCGUCUCGUUAUAUUCCAAGAAUCAUUGAAUUACCAAAAGAUGAAGAUUUAAGUAUUUUUGUUGUCAAAAAGAGAUUUGGAACUGGCUCAAAAGUUCUUGAUGUUUAUGAUACAAAAGCAGAGGACUCAACUGCCUAUGGUCCAUCAGAUUCAGAAAAGAGAUUGUACUGGUUUGUCAGGUCAAGAGCAGUUAAAGGUGCUUAUAAGAUGUAUUCAUCAGAUAUAAGAAACACAGGUCCUGAUGGAGAAGACGAGCCAAUGGCUGCAGUCAGAGCAGGUUUGAGAUCAAAUGUCCUAUUAAUUAAAUCAGCUUGUGGGUUACCAGCUUCUGAGCUUGGCUGGCAUGUUAUCAACCAUAGAGUCGAUGCCAUUGAUAGUUAUCGUAUUUUCACUUUGGCAGAUGGCUACACUUAUCAAUGGACAACCUCUGGAAAGUAUUUGGAAAGAGUUAAAAACAUGGCUGAAAAGGAAUCGGAGGUUCGUGAGAGAAUUGCUGAAGUUACUGUGCCUGGCUCGACCUCUGGGUCGUUUGGAUGGACUUUGAAGGUCGAUGAAACCAAAAUCUCCAGAGAAAUUGCAUUGUCCACUGCUUUAUGUUCGGUUAUUGAUCAAUGGAACACCAAUAUCGCUGUUGGUGGUAUCUACUAUGCCAGACAACAAGGUGAUGUUCGUUGGAAGCGCGAUUAAACAAAACACAUACGCCUUUAUCGUCGAAGCAAUUACUUUUUAUCAAUCUAUAGUGUAUAGUUCUUUUUUUUUUGAUUUAAAUACAACAAUCUUAACCAAUACCAGCUCUGAUCUGAUCUGCUCUUUAUAACACACACCGCUUACAUAAGCAGAAAGAAGUUGACGUGGAGCGAAUUUGAAAUUUCCAAAAUCCAUCUCAACC